AUGACAGACAUACAAGACAACAUAAACUUGCUGAAAGCACUACCUGAAGAUGCUGUUAGUGAAAAUAUCAAACUACGGUCAAGAAUAGAUGAACAGUGCAAACUCAUUAUGAUUCUCAAGCAGAGAGCAGAUGAAGGGGCAUCAAGAAUCUGCACACUUGAAAAAAUUAAUGAGGAAUGUAUGGAAUUUAGAGAUCAGGCAGAUGCAAUACUGCAGACUGAACUUGACAAAUAUAAUCUCCUUGAAGGACGGUUUAACACUUUGGCAUCAAAUCAUGAAGAAAUGAUACGUAUCAAAGAUGAAUACAAGCGUGUCAAUCAAGAACUGAGAGAGAAAAAUGCAACACUGAAAGAGGAAAAUAAUAGACUGUUUUCAAAGGCUGUGGCAGAGAAAGAUACUCUCAUCCUUGAAUUGGAAAAGAAAUGUUCUUCUUUUCUGGAAAGGUGGUCUGGAGUAGAGAAUAAACUGAGACAGUCGCAGAUAGAAUGGCAGAGUAAAGAAGAUGAACUGAAAAGACAAAUCACAGAACUGCAAACUAAUUAUUCACAGCAAACAAAGAACUUACUUGCACAGCUACAAAACACAGAAGAGAAACUGAAAGGAACAGAAUACCGACUGCAACAACAGUUAGACUGUAGACACUCUGUGCAAGAAGAAACAUCCCAGAAACUACAGCAACUGAGUAAAGAGAAAGAAGAGUUGCUGACUCUCAUCACACACAGAGGAAAGCUUGUUCAUAAAGAACAGGAUGAGAAUAAACUUUUAAAGCAGAGAAUUGAGACAAUGGAAAGAAGUGUAAAAAACAUGGAGAACAAAUUUAUCCAAGAAGCAGAAGCUGUUAAUGUGAAUCUGCGAGUCAAACGUCUGGCAGAGGAUCUCCAGGAAGCUAAUUACAAAUAUUCUCAACUGGUCAAGGAGUUUGAAGCAUUCAAGAAACAUUCAAAUGAUCUACUGAAGAAAGAGAAGGAACUCAAUGACAGGCUGAGGCAGCUAUAUACAUGA